GCGCGGUAUUUAAGCAUGGAGAAAUGCUCUCUCCGCAUCCACUCGUCCGAGUCCUUCCGACUAACAACAAACAUGGCGGCCAAACUGAUCGUUGUGGCGACGGCGCUCGCCCUGUGCCACGCCACCCCGGCCCUAUACAACGGUUUCCUAUACCGUGAUGGUCGAAACUUCGCGAUCAGCAAGGCAUACAGCAAUAGCCUAGGCAGCCAGGCCUCCGGUGAAGUCUCGGCGAACGGAGGCUCCGCGCAGGCCUAUGGCAGCGCCUCUAGCGACCAGCUCACCCGUGCGGACCUCGUCUACCCGCUCAAGCUAACGCUCAAGCCGAAGUCUACAACGCCCCCGCCAUCCCCAUGUACGGAUCUGCCAAGGCUGUAGCUGAAGCUCAAAACGGUGGAGCCAUUUUAUACGCUCCCGCUCCUGCUACCAUCAUCUCAUACGAGCAGAACUUUGCUCCCGCUGAAAUCGGCUUCGUAGCCCCGGCCGCUCAGUCCGCACACUCCACUGCUUCAAUAAAC